CUCUCGGUUCAAAUAAAGCUAGCGAGAAGACAAACUUCGUUGUUUUUCGGAUCAUGUUUUAUCGUCCAAUGCUACAAGGGGAUCAUUAAGGGAGCAUGAGGACAACCCAAAGCAAACCAGCUUACGGCACCGCACAGUGUUGACACCCCAGCACCCACCACCCCCCCACCCCCACCCUCAAUGGGCUCCCAACGAAAAUCAUCCUCAACCAGUUCUGGAUAAUAAAGAAUAACGCAAGCAAACAGGAAAUGACGUCAAUAAAUAAGCCCCGCGUCAUCUGUGACCAGAAGCAUCGGUAGCGUCCUGCUGAAGGCUACCAUCUCACACCUCAUCUCAACCCGCCCCAUCUCCACCCCCCUACCCCUCCCUCCCCCCUCCCUCACCCCCAGUCUCCUCAACCCCCCUCACCACCCCUCCGCUACCACCACCACCACCACCUCUACCACCAAACACCCACCACCGCCCGUCAGCCCCAGAGCUAUGUGCUUGCAUGAACUUCCGGCCUACGUGUGUGUGGUGAAGACCCUGUGGUGUCUGCGUGUGUCGCUCUGAGGACCUCGGGAGGGCAGGCGGUCCUCGUCCUCCAUGGCUGCGGACUGCCACCACAGUCGACCACGACGCGGCGUCACUAGUAGAGGGGAUUCUCGUCGUCACUCCGUCAGCUCCGAGCCGUGAUGCUGCCUGGGCAGCAGGGGGGUCAGCCGCGUCGCCCGUGAGCCUGGCCUCUUGACUUGCACCCUCCUUCCUCCCUCCCUCACCCCUUUCCUCGCCCCCCUCCCUCGACCCCCACCUCGUCCCCAAACCACCAACGUGUCGUUGCUGUCGGCAACAUAGCUUUUUUUGUCAAAGGCGACGAGAGAGAAAGCCUAGUUGCUGUGUGUUUUGUUUUUUCGAGAGCCUUUUUUUGCAAAGCGUAACUUCUUUUGGCUCCAGUCUUUUUUUUCUACCCUACCCUGCUAUUCUGCCGCCAUCCUUUUCCGGAAGAAGGAACAAAGAUGAUGACAAGUCGUCUGAGGACACUGAAGGACGCCUGAGUGAGUGAUCCUUCUCUCUCUCUCCUGAGGAGUGGAGUCGUUUGCCAAAUCUCUCCGUCGCAACGAUGAACGGAGCAAAGGAGUGCGAGUCAGGGGACUCGGAGGGGCCGCCAAGCCUGGCUCAGGUGCCCAUUGGAUGGAGACGUAAGGUGGAUCCCUCUGGGGUUCACUAUAUCAGUCCCAGUGGCUCUGUGCUGUCUUGCCUGGAGCAAGUAAAGUCCUACCUGCUAACGGAUGGCACCUGUAAGUGUGGUUUGGAGUGCCCCCUCAUCCUCCCGAAGGUGUUCAACUUUGACCCCGGGGCUGCGGUGAAGCAGAGGACGGCGGAGGAUGUGAAGGCGGAUGAGGACGUGACAAAGCUCUGCAUCCACAAGAGGAAGCUCAUCGCCGUGGCAACGCUACACAAGAGCAUGGAGAUACCACACCCCCCUCUCGGCCCAGGAGGGCACACGGCUGCUGUCCCAGGAGGCCCCAUGAUGCGUUCAGCCGCCCCCAGAGCAAUAAGGCACAAGUCACACGAGGGACUGUCUGCCGGGCCUGGUGGCGGUGCCGGGGGCGGUGUUGCUGCUGCGUCCGACUCUAAAAACCCCUUCAAGAUGAUGAUGGCGGCAGCAGCAGCAGGGCCUAGGCCCUACCCCCACCCCCACCCACACCCACACCCUCACCCACAGGACAUGGCCGCAGCAGCCCACCACCAUCAACAACAGCUCCAGUUCCAGCAACAGCAGCAGCAGCUUCACCACCAGCAGCAGAUGCAGCAGCAGCAGCAGCAGCAGCAGCAGGAGCUGUUCUCUGGCUACCAGAGGCAGAGGCUGCCGAGUGGGGAGCCGAGCCCCAAAUCGCCCUACCGAGGAGGAGGAGGCCUCCACCCUCUCCACCCUCAUGCCGGGAUGCUGAGCCCCACGUCCGGGGUGCCGCACCCGCACGCGGGCUACGGGGACAACAGCCCCCUCUCGCCCAGGACAGAUUCGCUCGGCAGCCCGGACGCUUUCGGUCGACCAGGCGGCAACCCGUGCGCGUUCCAGGCGGCAGCGGGCGGCAGUCCCGGUCUCCACGGCAAUGGCCGGACGCCGCUGUCGCCGCCUGGGAUGAUGUUGCAGCACGCCGGCUCGCCGGGUUCGCAGUCGGCGUGUGCCAUGGCGGGAAGGACUAACACCCCCCUGUCCCCGCCCAACAACCUCCACCCCGCCUCUGCCAAGAGCCCUGUCAUGAAGAAACCCAUGCCCUGCAACUUCCCCCCUCCUCCCCCUCCGCCUCAUCCACCUGCCACUGUCGGCAUGGACAUGGCCAGAGCAGUAUUUCACCACGGUAAGCACCCCCCAUUACAGCCCCCACCCGGCCACGGUCACCCAGCCAUGGGCCCAGCCAUGCCCACCGCCCCCUGCAUCCUCCAGAAGAAGCCGGUGAGCUCCGAGAAGGACCCACUGGGCAUCCUGGACCCCAUCCCCAGCAAGCCUAGUCACCCGGGCAAUCCCAUGGCCGCCCCUGGCUCUUCCAACUACCCCCCUCCUCCUCAUCAUCCUCCUCCUCAUCCUCCUCAUCCUCACGCUGCCCCUCCCCCCGGCGCCCACUCUCAGGUACCUAUGAUGAAUGUAAACAUCCCUCCGGCCAUUGUCCCGUUGCCAAGCAACCUCCCGUUACCCACGGUGAAGCCCGGGCCAGUCGGGCAUGGAGGCGGUGGUGGCGGCGGGCACGUGCAGAGGUCAGCGCCCUCGGCAUCGGUCACCUCCCCGUCUCCGGUCACAUCGCCCGUGCACAUGUCCGCCCCUCCCUCGCACGCUCCCGGGCUGGGGCCCGUUCCGCAUCCGGGCCGCUUGGACCCGUCAUCGCCUCAUCGCUCGCGGUCCUCCUCCACCUCCUCGGAUCACGGGAGCUUUGCGGUGCCCUCGGGGCUCCAGGCGCCACCUCCCUCCUCUUCCUCCUCCUCCACGAAGCGCUCGCCCAGGUCUGCACUGGGCUCCCCGCGGCCCGCCGCAGCCACCCUGCCUUCCAGCCCUUCCUCCUCCUCUUGCUCCACCAUCAAGGCGGCGGACGCACUGCACCAUUACAAAGAGACGGUGCCCAGGGAACUGCUGACCGGCAUGGCGGGGGGCGGCGCCCCAACACACAACAACAGCAGCGCCAUGGUCCAUCCUCCACCCACCUCUGCGGGUAACAGUGCUGCUGCUGGUGGUGCAGGAGGUGGUGUUGGGGGUGGUGGUGGUGGUGGUGGUAAUUCUCAGAAGAACCAUCCAGGCCUGCUGGGCAUGCCCCUGAACCAGAUUCUGAAUCAGCAGAACGCAGCCUCCUUCCCCGCCAGUAGCCUUCUGUCAGCAGCAGCCAAAGCACAGCUAGCGAAUCAAAAGAUAGGCGGUGGUGGUAGCGGUGGAUCGAACAGUAGUUCUGGUUCCGGUGGUGGUUCUGGAGGUGGAGGUGGUGGUGGUGGUGGUGGUGGUGGUGGACACCCUUGCAGUAAGGCAGCCGUGCAGGACGGGGGCGGCCACAGCAGCAGCAGCACUUUAAACGCGAUGCUCCCUCCACCGCCGAGCUCUGCUGCCACCAUGCUGCUCAACUCGGUGGCAGCAGCAACAACAACCGGAGCGACUGCAGCAGCCGUGCCUCCGCCGACGGAGAGCCCUGGGCAAAGCGGUCGGGCCGCCCUGAGGGACAAGCUGAUGGCACAGCAGAGGGACCCGCUACGCAAGCGCAAGCAGUCCAGUGGCGGCGGCGGUGGUGGUGGUGGUGUUCCUGGUGGCAGCAGUCAUCACGACAGUAUGGUGUUCAACAUGCUGAAGCCUGACAUGGCAGGACAUCCACGUAUGGCUGGUGUGGCUAACGUGGCUGGCGGCCCCCACCCCCAUCCCCACCCGCAUCCUGCAUCGGCGGGGCCGGGGGUAGAACAACUGCGGAAGGGCCCUCCGUCGAGACUGGCCGGGCUGCCCCCCAACGCAUCAAUGGCCCAGUUGCUUCAGUCCAUGAGCUCCCAGCAGAACGCCCACAUGGCCCAAGCCGCCCGGAUGGGCCCCGGACCAGGAAUGGUACCAGGACCCGGUGGUGGUGCUGGUGUUGGCGCUGGUGCUGGGAUGCACUUUGGUGACGGGAUGAUGUCUGGCGGGCCGGGCCACCAGAACAUGCAGGCCCAGCAACAGCAGCAGCUCCAGCAACGACUACAUGGACCUGCCGACACCAUGCACUUACCCACUAUGGAGCCAGGGGCACAGGGCGGGCCGAUGGGUCCCUACAACGCGGCGAUGAUGAACCAGCUCCAGGCUUCAGCCAUGGGCCCUGGUGGUGGUGGUGGACCCAUGGGUCAAAGAGGACCGCAUCCUAUGACUGGCAACCCUUCCAUGGGCCAUCCGGGUGGAGGUCUUCCUGGGAGUCACGCCCAGCAGAUGGCUUACUUGCAGCAGCAGCAACAUCAGCAGCAGCAGCAGCAGGGGCAUCUUCUCAGCCAUGGCCAUGCCAGUGUCUCAGGGAUGAUGCUUGGCAGCAACGACGGGAGCUGCGUGCAAGGCAUCUCUGAAACAGGUGAUGGGUCCUCGAUGAACUGCAUGCCCAACCCCCAGAUGGUAGGGGCCAUGCAGGGCCACGUAAACGCCUCCUCCGGCCACAUGUACCACCAGAGCCAGCAGGGCUCUCUCCAGCAGCAGCAGCAGCACGCCCAGCAGCAGGCUCUCCACCCGGGCCUGCAGCAGGGCAUGCAUGGCCCCCCAGGGCAGUCCUUCCAGGCCCAGCAGCAGCAGCAUGCCUACCAGGAAAACCUCUACAUGGACGCCGGCUCCUCGAGCAACUCCAUGGCCUGCCUCUACCAGAACUAUCAGCAGUCCCAUCCGCAGAUGAGUUCCCAGCAGCAGCCACAGCAGGGUCUUCUGUCCUCCGAGGACCCUUCUAGCAUGCAGCAGCAGCAGCAGUACCAGGCCCCCCACCACCACCAACAUCAACUCCAGCAGCAACAGCAACAUCAUCAAAUGCAGCAACAUCACCACCAACAGCAAUUGAAACAACAACAACUGCAACAGCAGCAGCUCCAACACCAACAGCAACUUCAUCAUCAUCAUCAACAACAGCAGCAGCAGCAACAGCUUCAUCACCACCAACAGCAGCAGCAUCAUCAACUCCAACAGCAGAGAGACAUGAAGGCCCAGAGCGAGGCCAUGGCUGGUUCUGCCGCCGGCACUGUUGGAUCCAGCAGUGCUCUAGGGGGCUCAGGACCCACAGGGCCCAGGCCCGGUUCUGGGGGAGGUCCGGAGACGGUGGAUGCCAUCUACCGAGCGGUGGUGGACGCGGCCAGUAAAGGAGUGCACGUGACGAUCACUACGGCCUCUUCUACCACGCAGUCCAGCCCCGUGACCGCGCUCAGUGCCAUGAGCGCCUUCACUGCCUCCAUCGGAGAACCCCAGACGCAUACGACGACGAGCGCUGGCGGCAACGCGAGUGCCACGUCCGUCCCGACAGCUGCUGGGCACCAGGGCUCGCCCGGCUCUGGCUCUGCCGCCGCCAACCCCCCGGCGCCUCCAUCCACACGGCAAAAGAGACCGGGCCGGCCGCGCAAGAAUGCCGCCGAGCAGGUCCGUAGUCCCAUCCAAGCGGUCGAGACUACCACUUCCAGCAACGCCACAAUGUCUGCCUCCUCCACGACCACCACCACUAGCGGUUCCCACGAGUACUUCCGCUCCCCAACAGCCAGCGGUGGCGGAGGGCUGACUCCCGGUGGGCAGUGGGAAGGGAUGGAGGCCGGAGGGCAGCAGCAGACGCAAUGGCCGACAGGAAGUGCCGGUUCAGGAGGUGGCGUAGGGGAGGACUACCUAGAACACCAUCCUCAGCAGCAGCAGCAUGUCAGAAGAAGUCCCGCACAGCCACAACAUCAACAGCAGCAACCCCACUCGGAAGGCCCAACGCCCCCCCACGACCGGACGUCGGCCUCGUACCUAGAGGAGGGCUUCCGAGGAGGAGGAGGUCGAACGCCCAUCAACUUCAAAGAGCGCCUGGAACAAACCGUGGAGCGCUGCGCCCACAUGAAUGGUGGCAGCGGUGCCAUCAGCCAAUCACCAGCUGCUGCUGCUGCCGCCGCCGCCGCCGCCACCCACCACCCAGCGUCACGCGGCAUAGGCAUAGGCCUCGGUGCCAGCGUCGGAGUGGGCGCAGGGCACUACGCUGACCCGCUGGGCCCUCCGCGGCAAGAGCUGACCGGGGACGACCAGUCUCCAAGCUCCUCCACCAGCCUGGAAGGUCCGCUGGCCAUGCCCAAGGACUACGGCGGCGGCGGGCACUACAACGGGCACCACUACAACAACGGGCACUGCGCCGUGCCCAGCCCCUCAGACACGCGCAGCCUCAGCAGCGAGGAGGAGUUGCGUCAUCCGGACUCGCCCGCUCCCGAGCUGCUGCACUACAGCCGGCAGGGGAGGGGAGGAGGAGGAGGAGGAGGAGGCUUCAGCAUGGGCGAGCUGGUGUGGAGCCAGAUCAAAGGGUUCCCGCCCUGGCCCACUAAGCUGGUGGGGGUCGGGGGAGGGGGAGACGAGAUGCACCACAAGCAGGGCAUGGCGCUCUCCGAGCCUGCCAAGGUGGAGCCAGAGAAACUAAAAACACUAACGCAAGACCUAGAGGCCCUGGAGAGAGUCGCCAAAAUGAAUAGGAAGUCUGGGAAGCUGAAUAAUCAUUUGGAAGCUGCUAUCCAGGAGGCCAUGAGUGAGCUGGACAAGAUAAGCACUGUUCACCAGAUCCCUACCCGUGAGCGGCAGGUGCGGCUUCCCAAGCCGAAGAGAAGGAAGAUAUCCAGAUAACAUUGAGUUCCUAUGGGGGUAGCAGCCAGCACCGCAUCCAGCCUCAAAACACACACUCACACACACACACACACACCUCUUAUCCCCCGUUAUCCCCUCCCCUUCAGGUCAAACAGGGGGUUGAUUAAAUCAAACAUGAAGACGCGCGCACACACACACACACACACACACACACACACACACACACACACACACACACACACACACACACACACACACACCCCUAGCCCCCCUGUCCUGUGUUCUUCCUUCAGGUGCUACAAACCUUCCGCGGUGCAGUGCUGUCUUAGACCCUUCUAGCCCUCCGUCUGCCAGAUGGACAGACUGACUGACAGACAGACAGACAGAGACUGGCCACGAAGGGCGCUGAUUAAGCCAAUCAGAUAUCUGCAAAAGAAACGAGACACUUUUUUCGGGACGAGAAGAGGCAAAGAAAAGGAGAAAAAACAGAGAUCAAAAUGGUUGCAAUUUGUCUACAGCUCGCUGAAGAAAUAUUUUUUUCUAGAAUACAAGAUGACGUGGAUGGUAAAAAAAAACUUGAAAAAAAAAACAUAAAAAGGACAAAAAUAUUGCAUUUAAUGAAAAAUAGACAGUCCAAAUAUUUCUGAUACAUUUUCAAUAUGUAUAUAGAAAACAGAAAAAAAUCAUGGUGAAAUUCAGAGAAGAAGAAAAAAAAAGCAAGAAGUGAAAAACUGUAUAUACUGUACAAUAAUGCCAUGUACAAGCAGACUUCAUGCACACUCUAUCUUUUAUUGUACAAAAAAAAAGAAAAAAGCGAAAAAAAAACUCCAAACCAAGCAGUUGGUGUACAGUACCAAUGUCUCUGGUUUCUAUUCAGCACGCUGCCAAUAUGGCCAAGUGUGCUUGAGUGAAAUGACUGAAGAAGAAGAAAGCGAGAAAGACAGCCUACAGCUUUUAUAUGGUAAUGAACACAAAACGUGCGCUGUUUGUGGUUUUCUUUGUUUGUUGGUUUGUUUGUUUGUUUGUUUGUUUGUUUUAUUGCUGUUUGCAUAUUUUCCUAAUCGUUGUUGAGUGGAGGAGGGUAACAUGCGUUUCUGCUCCCACCCCCCACCCCACUCAAUACUCCACCCAUUUCUUGGUAUGACCGACCGCCUUCAAGUACACACACUCUAACACUAAAUGCGUAAUGUCCAUAUGGUCUAUGUGUAUGUGUCCCGAGCAGAAUGAGCGUUUACCAGCUGCAAAAGGUCCUCGUGAAUGUCUGCUGAAGCAUCACAGUGCCACAUCUCUCUCUGCAUGUCCCAAGGUCCCUAGGCCACACUGAUCCGCGAUAGGACACAAAAAAUCACAGAACAGUACACAUAACCUUGAAAUAUUUUUUGCACGUAUGCUGAAAGACUUGCCUUUACAUUAAUUUUCUUAAACAGAGUUUGACUCUCUUGAUUUCUUCUUGACUACUUUAAUUAUGGCUACCAUACUUCAAUCCUUGAUCGGCUGAAUCAUCGCAUUCACACGUAAUUUAGAGACAUUGUUUUGAGUUCCAGUUGGAACUUUGCACAACAUUCUAGAAGGUAAUUCUUCUAACGUUCUAAUUCUUUGAAGGCUGAUUUGGACCAUGUGGCACUGCUGGAAGAUGUGUGGCGUGAUGUUGGCAUCAGACUCCACAUCGAUCAAGGAGGAGGAUACUGUAGCCUUAGUUAGGGGCCUUAUCAAUUUUUUUCUCUGUUUUUUUGUUUUUGUAAAUUAUUUAUGUACAGUAUUCCGAUAUUUAUUUGAACCACACAUUUAGAGUUGGCAAUAAUGCAAACCAAGGGUUUGAAUACUCUGAGAAAGCCUUAUCCAUGUAUUGUACAAAGCAUAUAUAUAGAUAUCUAUAUCUUGCACAGAGAGAGGAGCAAAACUUUGUAUUCAGUAUUAUUCACUUGUAGCUGUUAACAAAAAAUAUCUCUCUAUGUAUUAUUUUUCCGUUUUUUUUUUUUUCUAUUUAAAGUAUUUCUAAUGGGUGCAGUUGUCGUAUUGUGUUACGCCAUUUUCAGCACUGUUACUUUUUGUUAUAACGGUAGUCUUGAUGGCAAAUCGAGUGUGAAACAAACUUAAAAACAUAGCCCUGUGUUUUCCCUCUUUCACUAAUCAGUCUGUCGCCAGUAACUGGUCUUGCGAUGUCUCAGGAUGAUCAUUUUCGCUUGGAUAUCGCCUCACUCACCAUUCUUGUCCUCUCUCAAGGUGGCUCUGCGUUUUUGCUAGAGGUGUGUGUGUGUGUGUGUGUGUGUGUGUGUGUGUGUGUGUGUGUGUGUGUGUGUGUGUGUGUGUGUGUGUGUGUGUGUGUGUGUGUGUGUGUGUGUGUGUGUGUGUGUGUGUGUGUGUGUGUGUGUGUGUCACAUUAGAGUGAGAGUAUUUCUGUUUCUUAUAAAUGGUUAAGAUACACACACAUUUAUCCAAUCACUCUCCGUUCGGUAGUUUCCCAGACAGCAUUGGACUCAUCCCAUUAGUACCCAACAGGCAUAAAGACGUGAGCAUACAUCUGAAUAUUAAUUUGUUUAGGAUCAGGAGACUGCCCCUAGCCAUACUGCCUUUAGUUCUACACAAUCGUUUUGAUCUGAAAGAAAGUCUGGCGAGGAUGACUCAUAACGGACAAGAUCAUGGUCCCUGUCUCUGUCCAAUCAGAGAGCGGGACGGGUAUGUCAUAAUGGCCAAGCAUUCCGACCUUUACAGUUUCUCUGUCCAAUCAGAGAGCAGGGCAGUAUGUAAUAAUAGCCAAGUAUUCUGCCCCCUACGGAAUUUACAAUAGGCAGGUCCUCAGACCUAAUCUCACUUGUGAUUAGGUCUGGAGUUAACCAGGCAAGACUGACCCUGGAAUAAUAGUGAAAAGAAAUUACAGAAUUGGCCAGACGGUACUAUUGCACCAUAACAUAUACCAUUAAUAGCCGUGAAAGGGCUGACUAUCAAUGCCAGAUGUUUAGAAUUUUCCUUCAUUUUGAGCAUAUGAACCAUACCAGUGUAUCAUGGAUGACGGCAGUGCAGCCACGUUUCACAAGGUGUUGAGGAAAAGGGACAUCCAUAGUGUUUAUUUGAACAUUCUUCAUGUUACACUGAAAAAAAAUACAGUUUUAAUUCAUUUAGGGUUUUUUUUUUUUUUUUUUUUAAUGCUGCUACCAAACCAGCGUUGUAUUCGUUACAUAGGCUGGUCCGUCUGCCCUUCCACCAUCCCACCUGAACAGCUCAAGGAGAGGGUGUGAAAUACGAGAAAAAAAGUGAAUUUGCGUGCGUGCGUGUGUGUGUUUUAACACACUUGUGUGUGAGAAGAUGGGAGAAGUAGUUAAUGUAUCGCAACACUAGCAUAAAACCCUCAUUAAUUGGCUGUGUUCACUACAACUUCAUAGCUGACAGUAUAACACUACGAGCUUUGUCCUGAAAACAUCCACAUGGGAAAUAGCAUAGCAUAGCAAAGGACGCUCACAAAACUAGUGUCUUGAGGAUUGGGGAAAAGAAUUCUUUUUUUCUUCUUUUUUUUCUUCUUUUGUUUUGUUUAAAAAAAAAUCUUUAAAUUCUAUGUUAUCAUGGUGCCACAUCAAAUUAGUCACUACUAAAACUGUCAAGUGCAAUAUAACGUAAUGUAAUGUAUCUCUUUGUCAUGUCACUCUCAGAAUAUGUGUAGCCUCUUCUAGUUACGAUGUUGCUGUUCAUUCUGUGUGUUUUUGUUAUUUGUCUUUUCUCACACCAAUGUUCUCAACACUAAAAUGUAGGCUGCAAUAUCCUCCGACCACACUUGUAACAUGUACUGACUGGACUGGCAAGUUUUCAGGGAGAUUUUAUUUUGACACAGUUUCACUUUUGAUGUCCAUUAGGUUCUGUAUACUCUUUAAAGAAUUUGAUCAAUCAAGGUGAAUUGGCUAUACAGUACACCAUGUCAUUUUUCUUAGAGAACAUGCCUUUGGCAAAAAUCUGCCAACUGGUGUAAACUCAGAACCCCUUGCAGUUGGGCUUCUCAGAGCGAGUGAAGUCCAGUUUUGAGUGUAUUUGUUGUAUUAUAAUUAUCAAUGAUGCGCAACAUAGAUUCCUUGAUUUACACUCAAGUGCCAUAUAUUCCAAAUGACAUUGUAUUACCUCUCCAAGUCACCUGGUUGAGUAAGACGGGUAAAACCAGGUCAUUUUCGACAUGUGGCACUUGUAGCUAAUGAAGCCAAGUUGCCCAUCACUGAUUACUACGUACUCUUAGUUCUGUUAAAGAAAAAUGCCAGUUGACAUUUUAUGCCCCUCACAAGUGCCCCCUGGUGGACUUGGUCUGAAAUGCUUCAUGAUUCGUGUUAAAGCCAUAAAUGACAGCAACUCCAAAACAUAGUGAUUCUUUUUCUUUAUGACUGUUUGGAAUGUAUUCAGCUCUAAGAGGAAAGAUCAAAGAUUUGUUGACAAAAGAUAUGUCGGUACUUAUUACUGAAUGAUCUUUUAAAAGAUUCAGGUCCAAAAUGUCUACAUCCAACUGUGUGUUUCUAAGAAUAUAUAUGGUAUUAGCCUUUGUGGAGUAGUACGCAGUCCUGUGGACUCUAAAGUAAAAACUGGGUCAAAUAUUUCCCUGCUCUGCCAGGAGGUUCACCAACCCUGACAUGGGUUACUUACCAACACGGUACUGUACCUGGUGAAGCUCAUUCUGUUGUAUGUGCAAUCACAUGGAGACUGAAGGCCCUGUUCAAAAUGUUCACUACAUUACACCACACUACAUAGGGCACGCGUCAUUACAUAGUUUGUUUGUUUGUUUGUUUUUCUCCUUUACAUAGUGCACACUGUGUCGUAUGCAAUUUUUAGAAACUCCUGCUCACUGACCAUUUUACUGUUUUCUUUAAUGCACAACGUUUCGGUUCUAGACCUUCAACAGGUCAACAAAAAGUUAACCUGAUCAAGGUCUUGGACCAAAAAACGUGUAUUAAAGAAAACCGCAAAAUGGUCCGUGUACGGCAGUUUUUUUCAUAUUGUCUGCUGAGUGACCCAUGGGCCUUCUCCGACGCACCUGCCAGCUGAGGUGUGAGAAAAACAAUACAAGGAAGUUUCAUUGUGUAGUGUGAACAUUUUGUAUUCAGGCCUAGCAGUUCCCAUGUACAAACUCCCCCCUGUGUGGAAGGUCUGGUCUGGUCUUUUGGCUGGUGUUUUUUGGUCCCUUUUUUUUUCUUCGCCCCUUUUCAAAUUGUGUGUUUGGUUAAAGGUAAAAGGAGAAAAAAAAAACACAUUUUAAAUUACAACAUUCAUUGUCAACUUUUGUCCAUCUGCGUUACCAGAUGUGUGAGCAAACGUGCCUGCACUGGGAUGGUCAUUUCACAUGUUUUCAAUGAUUGUAAGGGUUUGUGUGUGUGUGUGUGUGUGUGCGUGCAUGCGUGUGUGUGUGUGCGCGUGCGUGUGUGUGUGUGUGUGUGCGCGCGCGCUUCUGUACCUGUUCUGUCCAUUGUUUCUGUCUCCUGUUUAGCUGUCUGUCUGUCUGUCUGUCCAAUGCUUAGACAUCGGUAUGACCAACCGCUCUGUCUCUGUUUCCGUUCUGUCUGCCCUUUGUUUUCCGACAUGUAACUAAGUAUAUAUUUUUCUCACCGAUAUAUACUUUACAGCCCUAGACCUUGUAAAGUAUGUUGUGCACUUGAUUUCAUUUGUUGCCGCGAUAGCAUUGAUGUGGGUGUUUUUAGAAAUAGUUUGUUGAAGUCCAUAAUUUCUAAUUGUUUCAGUUUUGAGUUUUGCCUUUUUUUCUUUGUUUUGUUUUCAUUUCUUUUUCUUUUUU